UGCAACUGGUACAGGUCUUGUUUCGUGCAAGUUUUAUAAAUUCAGACUACACGUGUGCAAGUCGUGCGUGUGAUUUUGAAUGUCACUUUGAUAGAAGAAUGAAUCAUCUAGCGGCUUUCUGCUGUUCUGAGCUCGCUACUACACACGUACGAUACACACAGCUAUUCAAGAGCGUUAUGAAGUGAAAAAUUCCAGCACAUGCAUGCCAGCUGAGCGAAUCCACGAGAAAGGCUUACACAUAAUGCUCUUUGGUCACUCGUUUUACUAAAUUUACAUCAUCAUACAGAUAUAUCCGCAUGUUUCUGUUUCAACACUGUUCAAGUUUGUGAAAGGACAACCUAUGGGAAGUUAAGGAUUGAGAGCUUGGGGCCAAAGGUCAAAACAGCAGAGUUCAUCGAGGUCACCAUCAGAGGAGGUUUACUUUGACAGGGUCGGACACCGGAUACUUUGAUCAGCACUGCCAGCCCCACCAGCAAUUGUAGGUGGACCGCCAUCUGUCAGACUAUUCAUACACAUUUCAAUUAAUUCAAAAUUAAAUGCCACACACCCAUUUGUGCAGGUCGUUUUAAAAAUGUAAUUUGAGGAUUUAGAUUUUAAUUUUCUCGGUACAUUUGACAUAAUACACUGUGAGAGUGGUUUUGUAAAGGAUUUUUUUUUAAUUUUGAUUAGUUUUUUGUUCAAACUGUAAAUUGAUAAGCACUACAUGAAUUGGAAAUAAUCAGGGUUCCCUCCCCUCCCCCACACGCUAUACCAUCAUUGUUUGAUAUGCUUACGGUCCAGCUUGGUAGAUAUAUACAUCUUUCUAAACAACACCAGAGCAGCUUGAAGGAUUGCCAAGUGUAUUGAGGGACAGCUAUUCUGUGUUGAAAUCUGGUAUUAGCCACAUACACCAGACGGACAGCCAUUAUGAUGAAUCCCAGGUACCCCCGUAAAAGGAAGCACAAUGACCUGUGUGGCAAGAAUUUCCUCAGAUUUGUCAUCUAUGUCUUCACCUUCCUAUUUCUGCUGUCGGGAGUGGCGUUCCUGGCCACGGGACUGUACAUUAAGCUGGAGAAGUUUACCUAUGUUAAUUUGCUGGGCAGCAGUACGUUUCCCAUAGCCACCUUCCUCCUCAUUGCCACUGGAGCGUUCAUCCUGUUGUCUGGAAUCCUGGGAUGUACCGGAGCUUGUGUGGAAAACAGGUGUUGCCUUGUCAUGUAUGCUGUGUUCCUGCUGUUAAUAUUCCUGAUAGAAGCCAUCUCUGGAGUUCUGGCCUACAUGUAUGACGGGACAAUUCGUGAGGAGCUGACUAGGAACCUCAACAAAAGUAUGAUGGAAAAGUAUAGCUUUGAUCCUGUCUUCACCAAGUCUGUCGACGACAUGCAGAUUGAGUUUAAAUGUUGUGGAGCAGCAACAUUCGAGGACUGGAAGUAUUCACGGUGGCUGAAGGCUGACAACGAGACACUCAACAACACGCCUGAAAGUUGCUGUAAAACUGUCGGUGUAAACUGCGCCAUCAGUACUCAUCCCUCAAACAUCCAGUACGAUAGCUGCAGUUUACGACUCGAACAGUACACAAAGUCCAAUUUAGUGCUAAUAGGAGGGAUAGGCCUCGGGCUGUGUUGUAUACAGAUAUUUGGGAUAAUAUUCUCGUGUUGUCUCGUGAGAAAAAUCAAGGACGAUAUGAUGAGACGCCAUUUCUGACCCAAGUGACACUACAGGAAGUGACAGAAUUUUAGGGGAGAUAAUUCUAUCCCAGCAUCAACAUAUCUUGUUGAGGGACUUGUAAUGCCAUUGCAUAUAAGACAAUGCUAUUUAUACCACAUGCAAAAUAUGCCAUCAAUGGAAGGGAGACUACUCUUGCAACAAACAAUUUCUAUUAAAAUAUGACUAGUAAAUAAAUGCAACUGUGGUUUAAUGUGUGGGGAAGAAACAAGUUGUAGACCUAGCAUCUAAGUAAACACAGAGUUCCAGAUAAGUUCAUGUGGAUUUAUACCAGAGUAUCUGUAGUGACAAGAUUAUAUACAGGGUAGUUUUCUAAGCAGAAGAGGUCCUAAAGGCAAUGGAAACCCUUUUGAUCCACUACUGGUAAUUAGACCCCUGAACAUUUAUAGAUCUGCUAAUGCUUAGUAUAUAUGUCAAAACUUAUUAGCCUGCAAUAACAACGAUAAGUAUUGAAAGAUUAUUUUGAGAUUAGAUCCAGUAGACCCUUUCAUUAUUUCAUGUCAAUAUGAAUAAUAGCUCACUUUAUAUAAAUAGAAAAGACCAAAAAAUAAAAGUAUUAAUAUAACUGGUGUUUCUGGUAUCAAAUUUUACAUUAUCUUUUUGCAAUGCUUAUGUCUGUUCUAUAUAACAUAUUAAAUGAUUAUUAGAAAGUAAAAGAUAAAAAAAAAAGUCUGAAAUGCUAUGAAAUAACAUGUUUUUUCCCCUUCCUUUAGAGACAAAAAUGGAACAUUACAUAUAUUUUGGCAUCCCAAUACAUUUACAGUUUUGAAAAAAAUAAUGACUGAAAUUAUCUCCUUUUUCAUAUGUGUUUACUAGGCCUUUAGUCAAGGAACGAACAGUAAUGUUAAUUUUCAGACACAGAAAUAAAGAAAGGGUUGAUGGAUAUGAUUUGGCCAGUAGAUAAUAUUUUUAUGAUUUUUAAUCCAUUCACCCCUAAAGUCACAAU